AUGGACAGCGGCUCCUCCUUCCCGGCCGCCGCCGCCGCCGCCGCGAUGGAGACGGAGGAGCACCUGAACUGGCAGAAGAACGCGCCGGUGCUCUACGACCUCGUCAUCUCCCACCCGCUGGAGUGGCCCUCGCUCACCGUCCAGUGGCUCCCGUCGGGGUCCCCGGCCGCCGCCCGCUCCCACCAGCUCGUCCUCGGCACCCACGCCGAGGACGCCCCCAACCACCUCAUGCUCGUGGACGCCGUCCUCCCGCUUCCCCCACGCCUGGCCGCCGCGGCGGCCGCCGAGGGCGCCGCCCUCCCUGCCCCCUCCGUGUCCGUCUUCCGCUCGGCACCGCACCAGGGCGAGGUCAACCGCGCCCGGUGCAUGCCGCAGCGGCCCUAUACCGUGGCCACCAAGACCUGCGUCGACGAGGUGCACGUGUACCACCUCGCCGACGACGGCCACAAGGCCGGCGCCGAUGUCGUGCUCAGGGGCCAUGGCGCCGAGGGGUACGGGCUGGCGUGGAGCCCGAUGAAGGAGGGGUGGCUGCUGAGCGGCUCGUACGAUAAGAAGAUCUGCCUGUGGGAUCUCAAGUCCGGGAGUGGAGCCCCGGUUCUGGAUGCGCAACAGGUGUUCGAGGCUCACGAGGAUAUGGUUGAAGAUGUAGCUUGGCACCUGAAAGACGACAACCUAUUUGGUUCUGUUGGCGAUGACUGCAAGCUCAUGAUUUGGGACUUGCGUACGAACAAAGCAGAACAAUCUGUAGUAGCACACCAGAAGGAAGUUAACUCCUUGUCCUUCAAUCCAUUCAACGAAUGGAUCUUGGCUACAGCAUCUGGCGAUGCAACUAUUAAGCUGUUUGACUUGCGAAAGCUAUCAAGAAGCUUGCAUACAUUCGACAGCCAUGAGGGGGAGGUUUUCCAGGUUGAGUGGAAUCCGAACUCGGAGACUGUAUUGGCUUCCCAUGCUGCAGACAAAAGGGUGAUGAUAUGGGACGUUAGCAGGAUCGGAGAUGAGCAGGCGGAGGAAGAUGCAAGCGAUGGACCACCGGAGCUGCUCUUCGUCCACGGUGGUCACACAGCGAAGAUCUCGGAACUGUCCUGGAACCCUAGCGAGAAAUGGGUUGUGGCCAGCGUGGCGGAGGAUAACGUGCUGCAGAUCUGGGAGAUGGCAGAGAGCAUAUACUCCGAUGACAGCAACGCCUCCUCCCUGUCCACAUAAGAGAUCCUUACAGUGUGUGGUUAGGUUGCAUGCGGUUGAACUUGUAGGGUUUGAUAUCCCUUCAUCACCAAUUAAUUAGCUAUCUGAUGCCUCCGUGGAUUUAAUAUCUUCGAGAAGUGACUCUGAAAAUUU